AAUCUUUUCUUUAAUCCUGCUUUCUUUUUCUUUUUGUCUUUCUUCUACUCAAGUCAACAAAGUUUGGACGACACAAAUCCCAUGCAGAAGGUGGUAGAACUCACUCCUCUAUUUGUCUAAUUUCGAUUGCUUGUACCACAAGUACUUGCUCUGCAAGUAUUGAAGCUUUUGCGCUCUCUAUAAAAUCUAAACGUUUCUUCUUUGGAAAUCAGAUCAUCCACACCCCUCUGCCUACUCUGUAAUUGCUUUACCCUUCUUCCAUGUCUUACAUUCCCCCACACAAGCGGCAGUCCAAGGACUCCAACAGGCCCUCACCAAUACCAGAAUCUUUUCCUCCUGAUUUCAGGAGAAAUCUUGAUUUGAGGUCAUCCAAAUCUGUUAGAGAUAGAAGCGGAAAGAUUACCUAUGCUGAACGGGCUGUAUCCACUUGGUUUGCAGUUGGUUUGGAUGACGAUAACCACUUUCCAUCUUCCGUGCAGCUUGAGCCGGUUUCCAUGGAGUCUAUUGAGAGAAGAACCGGGGAAAAACCCCUUGCUUUGGCGAACCGGAAUCUGGGUAAAGUUGCGGAUGCGCAAGUCGGAGGAGAUUGUGUGACGAAGCCGUGGGUGUCUAUUGCAGACAAUGUCCUGCCGAACCUGCUUUCCUCUUUUGAGAAUGUGCGGAAUGAAGCUGUUCGCCAAAAGUUGGAAAACGUUAAGCCGACGCUGGUUGCUAGAUUUGGGAAUAUUCUUUUUCAUGGAAGCCCUUCAAUCAACCAGGAGACUACCGCAAUAGAUUUGGCUGCAGAAACCACAUUGAGAACAUUGAAAAGAACAUUUUACACAAAUCUUCCUAAUUCAGACAUAGAAAAAAUGCUGGGGGAAGUUGCUGGAAAGAUUGAAGUUGAUUUUGAAGAGGAGAAAGAUUUAUACCAUGUAAAGUUGUCUGAUGCUACACAACCAGAUUCAACUCUUUCUUGCAAAUGUAGGGUGAUGAAAGAACAUAAAAAGCUUCAGCUUUAUAAGGUUGAACUAAACCCGGUGCGUCACAUGGUUGUGGACAUAUCGUGCCUUGAUAAAAGUUUAGACCUGAGGCUGAUGCUAUACAACAAGGGCGUCUUAACAUCUCUCACUGAUGAUGAGCUGGAAAACAUUAGAAAUCUGAUUAAUUCUGCAGUUCUAGAUCCAGAUGUGAAGGGUGGGUUGAGAUGGCCGCUGGGUUAUGCGUCUUCUGGAAACAGAUAUUGUGUGGUGGGGGUUUGGCACACAAUAGCUAAAGCCUAUAAAAGUCCAUCAAUGAGGCUGAAGGUGAGAGAGGCUGAUCGAUUUGAUUUUAAAACUUCAAUUGGGGAAGCUUCAAGGGAGAUAAAUUUGAAGGUGAAAAGUGUCAUCUCGUUAUUACAGGAACAGGCAGUUGAGAUUACUUCGGUUUCAGAGAUGCUUAAAGACACAUUAAGGUUGAUUUGGAAUCUGAUGCCGUGAAGGCUUUUUAACAUGAAAUAGCACAUUGCAGGCCGCCCGUCUUUUCCCUACGUUUUGUAAUUUUUUUUUUUUAAAUGCUAGACAAAUUUUACAAAAAAAAUUUCACAUGUUGUGGCACAACAUGAUGUGGCACAAUGUGAUUGGGUUUCUUAAAAGUUGAAUUUAUCUCAUUUCCAAUCAUGUUGUGCCACAUUAUGUUUUAAAAGUUUUUUUGGAAAAUUUAUUUGUAAGCUUAGCAUUACCUUUUUUUUUUUUUUUUUUUCCCUGUUUGAUAAUAGUGCAAUUGUGUACAUUUUAUUGCCAAAACAAGGUUGUGAAUAUGUCAUUUGUAAGUUUGACUAUAUUUCUCUUA